UUAUUUAUAGGUUGCUAAUGACGUCACGGGAACCUGUUGAUAGCGUACAAAAUGGCGUAUCAAGCAGGGGGCACAGAUAAUAUUUGUCUGAUUACAGACUCAUACAAGGUUACACAUCAUUACCAGUACCCACCAAAUACCACAGUAGUUUCUUCAUAUUUUGAGAGUCGAGGUGGAAAAUUUCCAACAACUGUGUUCUUUGGUCUCCAGUAUAUCUUGAAGAGAUUUUUAACAGGACCAGUAGUAACCAAAGAAAAAAUUCAGGAGGCCAAAGAAUUAUAUAAAGAUCAUUUUGGUCAUGAUUACUUCAAUGAAGAAGGCUGGAAUUAUAUAUCAGAGAAACAUGAAGGACACAUACCACUAAGAAUCAAAGCCGUACCAGAAGGAACAGUUGUACCAUAUAAGAAUGUUCUGUUUACUGUAGAAAACACAGAUCCUAAAUGUUACUGGUUAACUAAUUAUUUUGAAACCUUAUUAGUUCAGGUAUGGUAUCCAAUGACAGUGGCCACGAACUCAAGAUACCAGAAGGAAAUAAUUGCCAGACAUUUAGAUGAAACAGCUGAUAAUUUAGAUGGCUUGCCGUUUAAGUUACAUGAUUUUGGAUUUAGGGGAUCAACAUCUGUAGAGUCAGCUGGUAUUGGAGGAUGUUCCCAUCUUGUGAACUUUCAAGGAACAGAUACAAUAGCAGGGAUCAUGACAGCUAGAACAUAUUAUGGUUGUAAAAUAGCAGGCUUUUCCAUACCAGCAGCAGAACAUAGCACAAUUACUACUUGGGGAAGAAAUGGUGAAUAUGAAGCUUUUAAAAACAUGUUGACAAAUUUUCCUACUGGACUUGUUGCAUGUGUAAGUGACAGCUAUGAUCUCUGGAAUGCCUGUGAGAAAGUUUGGGGUGAAGAACUGAAGGAUUUAAUUGUUUCACGAGGGGAUAAAGGAACUCUUGUUGUUCGUCCAGACAGUGGUGAUCCUCCAGAGAUUGUCGUUAAGGUGUUGAAUAUUUUAGGAAAUAAAUUUGGAACUUCAACAAAUAGUAAAGGAUACAAAAUGUUACCGUCAUAUAUUAGAGUAAUACAAGGGGACGGUAUAAGUUAUGAAACAUUAGGUGCAAUUUUAGAAAAUAUGAAGAAACAUAAAUGGAGUGCUGACAAUCUAGCUUUUGGAAGUGGUGGUGCUUUGUUACAAAGAUUAGACAGAGAUACACAGAAAUGUGCUUUUAAAUGUAGUUAUGCAGUUAUCAAUGGAAAAGAGGUUAAUGUCUUCAAACAGCCAAUCACAGAUUUGGGUAAAAAGAGCAAGAAAGGUCGUUUAUCAUUAGAAUGUGAAGAUGGUGAAUACAGAACAGUAGAGGAAGGAAAAGGAGAUCCAAAGAAGGACUUACUUAUUACAGUGUUUGAAAACGGAAAACUAUUAAGGGACUAUACAUUUGAUCAGGUUCGACAAAAUGCUGAAUUGCCAUUGGUGAAAGAAAGGAAAACAUCAUCAUAAAAGAAACCAAGUCUUUAACUAACCAAGAUAACUUUCCCAUUUAUACAGAAUGCAAUUCCUUCACCAACCAUAGGAGAUUUCUUCUACUGCCACAUUAAUAAUAGGAUGAAAAGCUAUCAUUUACAAAUACAUUUUCACUUGUCAACAUUUGUCAUAUGUACAUGUAUAAGUCCAAAGUCCAAAAGUUGAGUGUCUAGUGUGUUUGAAUGUUAUGUAUAAGGGUACAUAACUCUUGUGACUAUAAUGUAUAAGGGUACAUAACUCUUGAAAGUAAUAGUUACUGCUGAAUCUCCUUUUACAAAUCUCACUAUUGACUUUAGUGAAUGUAUAUUGUCCACCAUUAAUUUGUAUACACACUUUAUGUCUCACCUGCAAUGAAAGUUGCAGAGGCAAGACUUAGUUUUCACAGAUGCUGUUAAAUUGAUAAUUUGGAGAUGUCUUGUAAUUAAUAGUUAAUCAACGGGCAUAGAGGGCUAAAUAAAAAAAAGUAUAUGAAAAACAGAGAAUUUUCCUUUGAUUUAUACUUAAAAACAAACCAUUUGUAUGUAUGUAACAUAAAAUUUCCCUCAAUCAGUAUGAAAAACAUAAUUUUUCUUCAAUUUACACAUAAAAACAACACUUUUUUUUGUUGCUUUUAUGCACCCUUUAAACAACAUUCCUGAAUCAAUGCUUUGGUAAAAUUGUUGCUAAUAUGUUUAAUGAUAUAGAGCACAAUUAAUGUGAACAAUUAAGAUUGACUUUAUGCUAGUCAAAGAAAGACAAUCUCCAGAAAUUUUAAAUUCUAAUCUUUAAAAAAAUCUUUUUAUAAAUAUAUUCCUUAAUAAUUGGACUUCUACAUAUAUCAAAUAGAUGAGUAGAUAAAAAAAAAUCGGAGGGGAAAGGGGAGGGGCCUCAAUAUUGUUUAACAAUUUUAAUGAAGUUUAUUCAAUUGAUAAAUCAUUAGAAAAUAAAUACCAAAAAUAAUGUUAUGUCUCCAUUUUUUUCAUGAACUGGUAAUUGGAUAAUAAAAAUGAGAAAUUAUAUCAUUAUAGUUAAUAGCAUGUACCAGGGUAUCAUCUGCUUAAAUUUUCAUUAGAUUAUUACAAAAUUUAAGGUCUUUUGUUUUACAAAUUUCUAAUAUUUUUCCAACUACAUUAUUUUGUAUCUGCUGUUGAUUUCUAAAUCAAAACUCUUAAAACUCAAAUUGACUAUUGCCUGCAACAUUUGAAUCACAAUUUUGGUACAAUUGGAGAAUUAAGUUAAUGGCUCAGGGAAAUAUACAUGCUUAGCUUAUCAUCAAAUGUCAAUUAAUUAUAAAAAGGUGUCAACUGCAUUUAUUUUACAAAGGAAGACCAUAAAAAAAUUAUCCUUACAUAAACAAAUUGGCAUAUAGAACCAAUUUUUAGAUUUGUUAUUUAGGUUGGUCAUUUCAUUGUACAUGUUGCACAGUUUCAGUCAUUUCAUAAUAUUUAUUUAAAAUUAGCAUUCCUCAAUUCAUCUUAAAUAAGUCUGAGUUAACUGAUUUAUUUUUGUUUUCUUCUACAACACACUCCUGUUCACAAAAAUGUGACUGUCUUGUCUAUAAUGUGUAACACUUAACUGAUGUAGAUUUAUAUGAAAAUGACCACAGCUUUCCACUAGCUAAUGUCAAUAAAAGUAUAUGUAUGAUAUUUUUUAUUGAACUAUAUUUAAUUGUUUGUUAAUUUUACAAUUUAAGUUUAUAAUUUUGUACUGAGCACCUUUUUUGUUUUCUUUUGAACAUUUUUACUGAAUUUUUAUAGAUUAUAUGUACAGUUGUAACAUUUUUGAAAAAAUGUAUAUGUUUAUAUGAUUGAGUGCUAAUAUUGUUAUGCAUUAACAGAUCUUUAUACAGGGAUACUUGAAGAAUUUAAUUUUUGUGAAUCCCUGGGAAAUUUCUUUAAAUUUUACUUAGUCAAACCGUUGUCAUAAAAAUAAGGAGAUGAGGUAUGAUUGCCAAUGAGACAACUAUCCACCAAAGUUCAAAUAAAGUGGAAGUAAGCAGCUAUAGGCAACCGUAUGGCAUUCAACAAUGAGAGAAACCCAUACCGUAUAGUCAGCUAUAAAAGGUCCCGACAUGAAUUGUAAGGAAACUUUGAUGAGUCCCAACUAAAAGUUGACACUUCAGCACUUAUCUUGGUAAGUCCUAAGGAUCACUGAUGUAUAUAUAUAUAUAUAUUACCAAUUCCAUUUUUACUUAUCUUGGUAAGUCCUACAGAUCACCCAUGUUUAUACAUAUAUCAGCAAUUCCAGUUUUACUUUUCUAGCCCUUCCUUAAUAUAAUACAUUUCUUGGUAUUACAGUGUAAAUAGUUUAACAUAUUGUUAUAAAAUUUCAGAAAGUAUUUUGUUAAAAAAGCAAGUUGUACUAAGGUGAACUAAAAUUUCCCAUUUAAUACAACAGCAGUGUAUAAAAUAACUUGUUCAUGAAAAAAGAUGACCAAUGUUUUUACUUUUCCAAAAAAAAUUUUAUGGGGGGUCAAUUUUUUUUCCUCAAGAUUUAAGAAAUUGUCAAUUUUCCAAAGAAAAAUUGGGGGUCACAAUUUAUUUUGCUUUUUCUUUGUAUAUAGUCUGAAAACAGAUUUACAAAGUAUUGCGCAACAGCACAGUGUAUUGCACAAAAGCAAGAAAUCUUCAAUUGAAUAUAAAUUCAAAUCAUAUAACCAAUUUCAAGUUCUUUGACUACAUUUAUUCUGUGUCAGAAACCUAUAAUGUGUCAAAUAUUUAAUUACAAUCCAAUUCAGACCUGUAUCAAGCUUGAUUAUUGUGUCAAUUUUUGCCCCAACUGUUCAGGGUUGGAUCUUUGAGGUCGUAUCCAGCUGCACUAGGCGAAGCAGUUUAUUUUCAUUUGUUAUUUAAACAUCAUAUUUUAAUACACAUGUCAAAAUUUAAAACCAAUCUUGCCAAGUGUUUAAUUAACUGUAUAAUAUAGCCUUCUGCACACUUCCGAAACAGCCUAUAUAUUUUUCAAAUGUAAUAUCUUUUACAAUUUGCAAAAGUUAGAAAUUACAUAUUUAUUUGUUUGUAAUGAGAGGUCAGUGAUUACUAUUCAUUAGAUAUAUCAUAUUUUCAUUUUAUAGAUCUUCAUUUAAUGAAAGAACUCAUUCAGUCAUGAAUAUUCAUUUAACAUGUCUCAUCUCUUUCUCUUACAGUAAUGAUAAGUCCUAUUGGAUAUUAAUGAAUCCAGUUUCACUUUUUAUGCAAAGCCAAUGUUUUGUAAGUGAUUUAUUGUUACAUUCAACCAAUUUAUAGCAAUAAAAGUUGUAUUAUAA